UACUAAGGAUUCUUUAGAUUUUUUAAAAAAACAAAAUGUAUACAAUUCCCUCCUUGCUUUUGCGUCGGUUUAUGUAGGCCACAGAGAAACUAAACUUUAUGGUGGGGUUUGUUAUCUACUAAAUGGCGAAUUUGUUAGAAAAAUGAGUUCGAUGGUAGCUGGAGAUUCGGGACCAUCAUUUUCCCAGUUAUAUAUAUUAGAUGCUGAUACUGCUUUUCAACAUCGAGUUUCUAAUGUUUCUUAUGGAGGGGAUAGAGUUAAUCCUGAUGUAUUAAAAAGUUUAGAUACUCUUCUUAGAAAUUGCCAUCCUCUUGCAAAUACUUAUAAAUCUUUUCAUGAACAAUAUUUAGACAAGUUAGAAAGGGAUGGCCCUGAUUCUGUGCAAAAUUUUAGACUCGUGCUUUUGGAGGAGCGAGAAGCGCCUGAACUUAUAAUAGACAAUACUUUACAUGUUAGACAAGUUAAUCUGCCUACAGAGGAAACGUUGUUUUCAUUGCAUACCGAGUCAGACGAACCUCCUAUUUUAAAGGGGCUUUUUAUUACUGGGGAUCAAGGGAAGUUAUUUAUUUUUCCGCCACAUCAUCCUCAAACAGAUACAUUAUGUUACCCUCUUUUGUUUCCGUGUGGAGAUGAUAGUUAUCAUAAUAAGAUUCCGUUUGCUAGAAAAGUAAAACAGUCGUAA